AUGUCAGGAAAACGAGACAUAACAUUGGCCCAUCAGGCAAAAUUCCUUGGAGGAGGAGAUGCCAAGGGAGGUAAGGACGAAAAAGAGGAAAAACAUGAUAAAACCAAGGGCAAAAAGGACAAGGAAGAGAAACCAGCAGCAAAGAAAGAUCAUUUAAAGGUCAGCCAAGGUCACUCACAUAGGUCAGGUAGUCCAAAACAUGACCAUAGCGGUGGAGCAAACGUAGGUGGUAGAAGCUCGGGAGAUUCCUUACUAAGUGUGCCUAAUGGUGGCUCGGGUGGUCGAAGGGCUUCAAUAGCGGCAGACUCGAAAAAGAAGGGUGGUAAACCAGCCAAGGGCCAGGGUAAACCAGCUACCCAGGAAACAGAGACGUCUGACAGUCCCGAGUUUAUAAACCCACUUCUAGAAGGAGGUGACUUGAUUGAUGGGCAGUUGUGGGUGGCAGGAAACAGGGUGCUCAUUAACCUAAACCUUACCCGUAAUCCAAUUGGGGAGAGUGACCUUGAAGCUCUUCUAAAGGCCAUGUAAUACCAGGCGACCUUGACAUUGGACAGCCACGGAGGCACUGGACUCAUGAGACUACUUGUUGGUAGAAGCCGCAGAUCAGAGCACUCCUUCAGUCGAAUGACCCUCCAACGUGAACAUGACGUGAUGCAGAAAAUCAACGACCUGAUGACCCCUAAAGACCCAUUCUACAAGCCCCCUCCACAGACCCCGGAUGUUGAAUCUUAAACUCUUCUUUUUUUAAAGUGUAUUUUUAAAACGAGCUUUUAAAGCUUGUUGAACAUAAUGGUACUGGCCAAAAAAUAUUUAAGGUUUAAAAUCUGCUUGUUGAAACUGUUGCCGGCAAAAUCGUUCAAACAGAUCUGUUUUAAUUAUUUAAACAAUUCCUGAUAUUAAUGAGUCCGUCCAUAAAUGUUUUUUCUUCAUGCUUUAUAGACAAACUUAAGCAAAUUAUUUUAAUUAUGUGCUAGCUGAAUAAUUUCUGAGAAGUAAAGUUAUUUAUGCAGUCUGUGAUAAACUUGUUUACCUUGUGUUUUGUACGUUGUUGUAUUUUCUAUGAAAUAAAUUUGGA